AUGAAUAUCGGGAUGAACCCCGGGGCUGGGGGCCCUGUGGGUGGAGUUCCUAUGAUCAACAACGGAUCCACGGCUUCUCGCAAUGACGGCACUAUGAACAACCCCGAAAUCAUGAUAAACAACCUCAACACCUAUAUCUAUGAUUACUUUUUGAAGCGUGGGUACCACGACUGCGCCCGCGCUCUCUUGCAAGAUGAAAACAUCAAACUCAACACCGACAAUAACCCAAAGACGAGUCCAGGUAAUCGGCGUGAUGGCGACGUCAAUGGUAUGGACCCUGAUGCUAUGAUGACCGAUGGGAAGGAUGGUGAGAAGAUCAAGAUCCCAGAUGAUCUCCCUCGUCCAACUAUUCCCAAUGAAAGCCCCUCCUCAUUCCUCCUUGACUGGUUCAGCCUUUUCUGGGAGUUCUUCUGGGCUCAACGUAAGAAGGGAAAUAGCAAUGAUAUUCGGCAAUACCUUCAGCAUAACCAGAACUUGAUGCGUCUGCGAGAAAGCCACCAGAAUCAAUUAAUGAGGCCACAGCCCAUGAUGCCCGGCCAGAUGAACCAGCUCCGGAGACAGAAUGGCAUGGUGCCUCCUAACCUGCAGAAAACAGUGCUGCAGAAUAAUACCACUGGACUGUAUGCUCUAUCGGAACAUCUUCUUCCCCAUGUUGAGUGUCAAGUUUGGGGUGGACGUGCUGAUGGGAUUAUUUCUAGCUCGCAACAGCAACAACAAAUGGCUCAGUACCAGAAAACCCAGCAUUUGCAAAUGAUACAGCAAAUGCAGCGGGAUCCGGACAUGGAGAUGGGUGGACAUCGACCACAGUCACCAGCCUCCGCCGAUAACGCCCCCUCGCCGUCGAAACGCCCACGUCUUGAAGGCUCUGUCAACGGACAGCAGCUGGCACCAAAUGGCCGCGGACAGGGACAAGGAAUGCCAGGACAGCCCAACCCGCAGGCUAUAAUGAUGCAGAACGGAAUGCAGAGGGGAAUGACUCCGGCGCAAUUCCAGCAGUUCCAAGGACAAGCUGCGCAACAGAAAUCUAUGCAGGUAUAUGCUCAAAACUUGGCCCUUCAUCACUCUCGCUCAGCAUCGAAUUCCCAGGGUAUCCCGAAUGGUGGCAUGAUGAAUCCCGGUGUUAUGGCGAAUCAGGCGGAUCUGGUGCCGAUGCCGGAUGGUCAAGGAAUGUAUCCUAUGGCCGGUGGUCCUGAGUACUACGGUGCAAAUGGUCAACUAGCCCAGGUCCGACCCGGUAGUUUACAGACACCUGGCAGUCAGCAUGGUAACCAUGCCCUUCAAGAUUAUCAGAUGCAGCUUAUGCUGCUUGAACAGCAGAAUAAGCGGCGUUUGAUGAUGGCUCGUCAAGAGCAAGAUAGCAUGGCCCGCGCUGACGGCCAGCCCUCGAUGCCCGGCCAGGGAGUUUUGCCGCCAGGCACUUCCCCGGGCAGCAGGGCGGGCGCGUCUCCCAAUCCCAGCGACCAAAUGAAACGAGGCACGCCUAAGAUGCCUCCGACUGGACUUCCCGGGUCGCCAAGCGCCGGCGACAUGUCCCAACGUGGAUCUCCGGGGUCCAUGAACCUCAACGGUGGUCCGAUACCCCCAGAGAUGGCAGCUCAGUUCUUCUCUGGUCCGAAUAUGCGACCUCCUAGCUCCAACCCUGCUUUCACUGGAGCUCAAAUGGGUCAGCCGAUUCCAGCCAAUGCCGGCCAGCGUAUGCCUGGUGGACAAUGGCAGCCAGGACAACAGCAGAUGCCUCCGCAGCACUCGCCUGCGAACCAGCCCCAGGCUGGAACCCCGCAGGAACGAAGCGCGAUGCCUCCGCCCUCGGCGCCGCCCCUCACCGGUCCUAACGUUGGGCGUGGCCAGCCGGCGUCACCUCAGACGGCUGGGAACGCACCACCAACGCCUCAGCAGACUACUAAAGCUCCACCCAAGGGCAAAAAGGAAGCUAAGGACACCCGCAAGCGACCUAACAAGAAGCAAGCUGCUGCUGCUGCUGCCAGUGCGGCCGCAGGCGCGACUCCAUCCACCGAUGCCGCAGAGCCCCCAACUCCAUCCACUCCCGUCACGCCGCAGCAUCCGAGCUCUUUCAAUCCUAAGAAUGGAGUUAAUGGAGCGAACGGACCAGCUCAACCGACACAGCCUACCUCGGCACCAGCUCCUCAGAACAUGGUGCAGCAGCCCACUGACCAACAGCAAUCCUUUACUGACCUCAGCAUUCCUGAUGCUUCCGCAUUCAACCUUGACUUCAGCGCACUGGAAAAUCCAGACAUUCUGGAGAACUUCGACUUUGACACAUUCCUCAACACGGAUGCCGACGCCACUGGAUUUGGGUUCGACCCUAGUAUAUCCUAUUCAGCCGAUGGUGUUGAGACAGGUGCCGGUGACGGCCUGUGA